GGGGGAGAAGCUGACAGACCCUUAUGGGAUCGAACGUUGGGUCUACCCUGUCACCUAUGCAUAUGUUGGGGACUACCCGGAGCAGUGCAAGGUGGCAGGUACCAAAUCGGGGAUCAAAACUGCUUUCCCCUGCCCAAAAUGCAAAGUUCCAAAUGAAAAGCUCGGUGACAUGACUUACCCUAUGAAAUAUCGAACGGAGAUUGAGCAGCAGAAGCUCGUCCGUGAAAUGCAGCUAGCCCCAACCAAAAAAGCAAUGGAAGAAUUGGAGGUCAAGCACAGCACUCAUUUUGUCAAGAGCGCACUGUGGGGAUUUCGAUUUGGUGAGACAAGCUUCGGCAACCCAUAUAGGCAACUGAUGGUGGACAUCAUGCACAUGUCCUCUUUGGGGGUCUACAAGCACAUUGUAGAUAGCUUGAAGCAGCAGCUAUCAAACGAGGCUCUUAGACAACUAGACAGGGCACUAUCUACCGUCACCCAGUACAGCCGCCAAUCCUUCUUCCGUCUUCCCGCGCAUACUGACGGAUACUUCAGUGGCAACGCCACGUUCUAUGCCUUCCAGCACCAGGCUGUUAUGCAGGUGCUGCCCAUUCUGAUGUCAACCGUCAAGGACAUGAACCCAGAGUGGUUGAGGACCGUGGAGCUGUUUUGUUUGUGGCAUACCCUCGCUUGGCAUCGCGCCUAUCACACUGAGAAGUCACUGAAGAAUCUGCAAGAGAUGGCUCGUGUGAGGCGCUGUCCAUGGCAACGACCCUUUCAGUACAUGUCGUUGACGAGCAGGUUCGCCACGUCAACGUCGAG